AUGCUUGCCAACAGGAUCCUGUUCCUGUGUCUGCUCCAGACAGGGGCCGUCGCUGCGUCGUCCGCAGUCGGCGCUGCCUGUCAUGGAGCUGCUUGCCCCUCGGCCGCUGCUUCCACCGUGUUGCUUCAGCGCAAAAAGGAGAAGGAGCUGGUGACAAAAGUCGAGCUGGACAGUGGGGCAAGCACAGGGAAGCGGCGCCAGGGUCGCAGGUCGAGGCGCAAGACGGGUGCCCUUCCUGCGUCCGCGGCGGCGUGGGUUGCAACGACCUUCUCAGAUUGCGUUCUGUGCCCGGCCGGGUCGAUGCAAAUCCGAACCGUACAGUGCCUUCGCAUCUUUGACGGCGCCGCAGAGGGAGAGAAUCUCUGUGCCGGUUACCCCAAGCCUCCCUCCACCAAAGCUUGUGAUUGUGCCGAGCUGCCGUGUAAUGGCAAUCUCACGCACAUGUGCUUGGAGCCUUCCGGCUGCCCCGUUGAUUCAGACCUGGACGUCGACUUCAUGGACCUGGGCUGCUUUCAGCGCGUCCCGGGCCAUGAGGCCCCUGGUGCCAUCGGUGAUGCAUAUGACUAUGGCUGCAUGAACUAUUCUGGGGCUGUUCCUUGCAAGAGCGGCCUGCCCUUCUAUUCCAUGAGGUCCAACAGCAUGACGCCAAGCUUGUGUUACGAGUUCUGCACAGGCAAAGGCUUGGACAUCUUCGCUUUGGUCGCCGGAGUGGAGUGCCGCUGCGGUGCUUCUGCGGUAAACCAGAAUGCACGCGCACACCAGGUCGACUCUCGCCAUUUGGACUUCAAUCCAUCGGUGCUCAGUCUGCAUACUGACGACAUGGGCCUAUGCCCGCUUCGCGUUUUUCGGUAUGCUGGCCACUAUGAGGAGGGAGGUGUGCCUUAUGGUCUGACCAACCUCCUCGAGUCCGACGCACAGUACUUGCGUAGCAUCUUCUCAGGGCACCUGGUCGAACAUCUCGAGGACGCCCCAGAAGGCUACAAGCUGCCAUCAGCAACGCCUGAACCAGGCUUGGCUCAGGCAGAUGCAAAGGAUGGACAGCUGAAGCAGACCCCUGAGGGCUACAACCGCAACUGCUGGCCCGACAAUUGCGGCCCGGGGCGUGGGCCAUGGGAGGACCGUGUCACCUCCCCACCGUCUGGAGUGAAUGCUAGGUACUACGAGUACGUUGUGAUUCCAUAUUCUUUCGAGCCUGGGACGAACGAUGCCCGCAAGCAAGCUUUCCGCGUGGCUGUGAAGCGCUGGCACCGGCAGUCGUGCAUCGUCCUUGUGGAGAAGGCUGAAGACUACCAGCACACCCGUCCGUACAUCACGGUGGGCGAAUACGACUCCGGUAGCUGCUACUUGUCGGGGAUGGGUUGGCCAGGCUUCUGGAGCGGCAAACCGCAGCGCAGCCGGAUCAAUCUCGGCUGGUGCAAUGACAUGAGCGCGGUCGGAAGCAUGAUUCACGAAAUCGGGCACGCCAUCGGAAUGAACCAUGAGCAGAAGCGUGCAGAUGCCGCCCAAGCCUGGAAUGGGCAUGGCCCUCAUUUGAUCAUGCACUGGGACAACAUUGAGGCGAGUUGGAAGAGUCAGUACGAACCGGACUUCAAGUCCUACAUUGGCUCCACCAAUCAAGGCGCCGACGAUGUCUUCUCAGGCUAUGCACCGUACGACUAUGGCAGCAUCAUGCACUAUCCUCCAGGAGAUGCCUAUGAUACCGACCCUCCAGAGAACGAGAACCUCAUGGGCAACCGCAAGCACCUCACCGCCGGGGACAUCGAACAGAUUCUGGACGUGUACCAAUGCGUGGAGCUGCCAACGUGGACGACACCCACCUCCUGUGACUUUGAGGAUGUAUGCUUCUGGACAAAUCAAGGGGAGAUCGAUUGGGUAAUGCAAUCAGGACCGACUCCCAGCAGCAACACAGGGCCUAGCGCAGCCUUUGAGGGGACAUUCUACCUUUAUGUUGAGGCGAGUGGAUCCAACAAUCCCUCGAAAACUGCCAUCUACGAGAGCCCAGCACUUGAUGCCACUCAGAGCUACGACUUGACCUUCAAAUAUCACAUGCUCGGGAGCAGGGUAGGCUCUUUGGCUGUUGAGAUUGGAGAUACCCAUGGAAUCUUCCACUCAGUCUGGGCCAUGGCUGAUACUCAAGGCGAUAUUUGGCACACGGCAUCCCUGACUAUCAGUGCUGCUGCUGCUGUUCGAUUCGUUGCUGUCACGGGGUCUGGCUGGAGCAGUGACAUUGCAAUCGAUGCACUCCAGAUGACAUCAAACAGCCCGUCAACCACCACGACGCUGGGCUGCCACGAUUCCUGGUUGCCGGAUUGGACCAGCAGUCCGACUGUUGCCUGCAAGAAGUGGGCGGAAGACUCCACAUGGGGCGCGCUGGCAAACGACAAAAGCCUCGCCGACGCAUGCCAAGAGUCGUUCGGGCUCACGUCCUGUGCCGAAACCUGCGGAUGUGGAGCACCCUUCAGUGCACCAUCCGGAUGCGACUUUGAGGGUGGUUUGUGUGGAUGGUCCACAGCAGGAACAUCGGGAACAUGGAUUGGACAUGUCCAUGCAACACCGAGCAAUGGCACCGGCCCUAGUCAGGCGCAGAAUGGCAGCCGCUAUCUCUAUGCGGAAGCCAGCGAGCCGGCCCUCCCCGGAGACGUCUUCACUCUGGAGAGCCCACCCUUCGAUGGAGCCGGCGUUACGUUUGAAUUCAGCUUUUGGUACCACAUGUUCGGCCAGGGAAUGGGCAGCUUGCAGCUCAAAGGAAAGGCGAAUGACACGUGGAUGGAGAUUUGGAGCGCGCACGGCAAUCUCGGUGACAUGUGGCUGGAAGCCGACGUCCCAGUUCCAGCUGGCUUCUCCUUUCUCCGAUUUGAUGCUGCCUUGGGCCCAGACUGGAGAAGCGACAUUGCCAUUGAUUCCAUCCAUGUCAAAACAACCACCACCACAACCACCACAACCACUACAACCACUACGGCGCUGGGUGGAAGCACGGGCAUUGACGCGGUCGACUGCGACUUCGAGGUGGACAUGUGCAGCUGGAAAGAGGAAACGACCACAGGGUGGAGACUGAGAUCGGGAACAACUCCGAGCAGCAGCACGGGGCCAGACGGGGCGGAGUCAGGCUCCCAGUACGUUUACGCGGAGUCCAGCGGAUCAGCUGGAAACCCCAACAAGGAGUUCGUGCUGCAAAGCGGCAGCUUCUCUCCGGGGCCGCAUGAUCGCGCGCUCUACUUCGCGUGCAGCAUGUACGGCAGCAACAUGGGCAGCCUUACGCUGGAGUUUCAAGGCACAGAUGGCUGGACGAAGAUUUGGGAGCUCUCAGGAGAUCAGGGAGAGGGCUGGUCCUCUGUGGCGGUCACCGUCCCGGGCCAGGCGACUGCCUUGCGCUUCGUCGGCCUGACAGGCAACGGCUGGAAGAGCGACAUUGCUGUGGACUCCAUCGUGGCAUCUGAGACGGCCCCAACAACACCACCACCCAUGGCUGCUGAACAGGCACUCGCCUGCGAUUUCGAGUCCAACUUCUGCGAGUGGUCGCAGCAGGGCCAAAAGCAGUGGAGUCGAAAGAGCGGAACAACACCGAGCAGAAACACUGGCCCUUCACAGAACCACGACGGGAAAUAUGCCUUCACGGAAGCGAGCGGCUCAAACAAGAACAAGGAGUUCAUUUUGGAGUCGCCCAUCUUCGGCAUGACUGCAGGCAUCAAGCUGUCCUUCUGGUACCACAUGCUAGGAAGCAAGAUGGGCGAUUUGAAGGUGGAGGGUCUGGGAUCAGCGGGCUCAUGGAGUUCGCUCUUCCUGGUGUCUGGCGCCCAGGGGGAUGUCUGGCACAACGCGGAAGUGGCAAUCCCAGGCGAUGUCCACCAGCUGCGCAUCAUUGGUGUCACUGGCAACGGCUGGGCCAGCGACAUGGCUGUGGAUGACAUCACGGUCGUCCCGGCUUGA